AUCAGGAAGCCUUUGAGACUCAUUACAGUACAUGCAAAACACGCAGCACGUUCCCACGAAAUGGGUCGGUGCUGCUGAGUUGGUUUAGUGUUUUUGAAAUAGAAGUGGAAUACAUCGUUUCUAAAUGGAGCCAACCAGGCGAGCUCGCGACAGGAUGCCUUUCGUCCUGUUCAUUUUAGGGAAUAUUGCAACAGCUCUCUCUGGACUGACUCUUAACUGUACCAACGACUACGAUGAAUUUAUGUUUUGCCAACUUGAAGCUCAAAACUGCACUGAAUACCGUAUGAUUCUACAAAACGACUCCUGGAAGAACAAGCAGAAUCGGUGCGCUUUCGAACAGUGUGAUGCUGGACCGUGUUGUUGCUCUAUUCAAAUGACGCUAGUAAAGGGGGAGACUCAUACAGCGACAGUUUGGAAAAGAAACAAAACCAUGGAGUCCAAAAUCAUUAACGUCAUAGAAACCAUAAAGCCCAAAACCCCAACAAUCGUCUCUGUGAAAGAAUCCAAUGGGAAUUUUCAAGUCAAGUGGAAGACAAACUAUGAUCACACAAGUUGGUUCAGUAACAGCUUGAAUGCUAUAGUGACUUACCAUAAAAAAGGAGACAAAGAAGAGCAGCAUUCUAAAUCUUUCAAACCAAGUCAACUUGAUGGAGACUAUUACUAUGAGAUACUUGGUGGACCCUUGGAGCCAAAUACGAAAUAUGAAGUCAGCGUGAAAAGCGUCACGAAUAACAAGUUCAGCGACAGCAGUAAGGAGGGGGAAUUCACAACCCUAGCUGUGAACAAGGACAAAACUCUCCCGGCCGUGGCCCUCAUCAUCAGCCUCAGUGUUGCUGCUGUCCUCAUCAGCGUUGCUAUGUAUGGCUGUUAUAUAAAGCUCAAAACAAAGUGGUCGGACAUAGUUGCCAAAUGUCCAAAUCCAAAACUACUGCUUUUGCAUUCAAGUGAGCAAGAGGUCUUGAAGCCUGCCCCGCCGAUCCUCUCCUCUGUCUGGGUAGACUCCCCCGAUCCAGAGGACAGCACAUGGUCGGAGGGUUCAAUGAAAGACAUAAGCAGUGGGAGCCCUCAGCAAAGCAAUGGAAUCAGCACUGGCUCUUCUUGUCUUAGUUAUGCUAAGGUAGAACCCACUGACAUUAUAGCCAGAGUUCAGGAUGCCCUUUGUUUGGCCUUCCCUGAUAUACGCCCGAUGUCACCUUUGACUACCAAUCUGCUCACAGAACCAAACAAAAACUUUGGUUUGCCCUCCUCUCCCUACAAACCCUUUGGUGUCAGAGCUGAUGACACAAGUAUUGGAUCAUAUUGCUUUGACAAUCAAACCUAUUGCAGCCUACUUCCCAACUUCGAUGGCUCUGAUGUCAAGGCUGAAAUUCUUUGUGACUCUGAAUACCUUCAUAGUUCGGGGGACAUUGUACCCCGUGUUGACCAACAGGCACUGGCUUGUCCACUUUUUAAGUUACCACCAGGGGAUUCAGCUCUUAUGCCAAUCGACAUGUCAUACCAGCAGAACAAUGCAGAUUCUUGGGGUGUUUCGCAUGCUGAAGACUCCAGUUUGUCCUCAGGGUCUAGUGGAACCAACACAAAUGCGUCAUGCGAUCAUGUGUCCGGAGUUAAAUCUGACGGUGAGGGCUUUGAUGAGGCCGUCCAUGAUGCAACAAAGCUACUUGAAAAAACAGAAGGGGUGAUAAUAUGUGAUGAAAACCCCUUCUACGGCGGUGUGCCUGCAGGCUUGCAGAGCCUCCUUCCAGUAUACGACGACUACCAGCCAUUUCAGAGUCUGGUGGAGCAGCCUGGUCAUUUGUUUACAGAGGAGAAAAGAGGUGAGAAAGAGGAACAUGUAAACACAUAUCCAGAGGAAUCAUUCCCCAAGAUGCCUCAAAGCUUCUUAGGACCCCUUGCUUCAGGUUUCAUUAACAAUGUCCAGUGUCCCUCCACGCUCCAAACACAGUUUCUCUCUGUGAUCCCUGCUGACCAGUCAAUGCCAAUCAUCACAGACAGCGGCUAUCACAGUGUUUAGCUCGGACUUUUUAUGCAUUCAUUUUUUGUGUUAACUUCGUCCUUGUUUAAAUUAUAUUGAGGCAUUUUUGAUAAAAUGUAGAGCACAAGGGAGAGGGAGGAUGUUACAGACUUUGAAUGGCGUUCAAGCCCUUAGGAAAUACUCAAGUUUAAGUUUUUAUAUUACUAUUUUAAAGGCUGCAAAUGAAAAAAAAUGAAAAAACAUUGCACCUUAAGAGCAGUUGAUAUUGAUAAUUUGUAAAUACCUUGCAACUGUGUAUGAUUGAUUUAGUUAAAUAUCCAAUUUUGUACAUAAGAAACAUUCAUGUAAAGUGUAUCAAAAACAGAAUAUACUUGUUUUUAGUUUUAAAGGCGCGCUUGAUCCAAUGCUUGAACAAACAGCUCACUUAUCCGUAUCUAACGUCAUUUUUUUGUUACUCGGUUCAUCGGACAUGUUUUCCAUAGAUGUUGUAUAAAGCUUGUGUAAAGCUUGCUUAACCACCCAGUCUGUAUCGUAAGUAAGACUUGUGAAACAUACAGACGAGUCAUUUCCGGCAGAUUACUUCAACUUCGCUGAGCUUGAUUUGGCCAGAGCGCUCAUCAUAAGAAAAUAGUAUAUGUCCCCAAUUGUGAUAUUACAGCCAAGCCUUUUAAGGAAAAUGAAGUUAACCCUUUGUUUUAUCAUAAUCACAAUCAUAAUGAGCAUGUGUUAUUCAGGAUUGUGAAAUGACUUCCUCAUUGCUCUUCUUUGGAACUGCUGAGCCACUUCCACAGAGACACACCCCGUCACAGCAAAUAUGUAAACUCACAUGAACUCGUUUUACUAUAAAGUUCAGUUCAUUAUGUGCAAAGAAGACAUUGCUGCUGAUUGUUAAAUUGUUGUUUUAAUGUAAAACAAGCUAUUUUCUUAUUUAAAUUGUGUUGUAACAGAGGACAUUGUAUAUCUGCAAAUAACAAUCAAAAACAAGUG